GACUACCUAAUAUCACUGAUCGAAGUUGACCAAUAAUGCAUACUACCUAACAUGGCCCAUGUCUUUAUUCUUUUCAUAAUAGAAGACUGUCGUUUCCUUGGACGUCACAUGUGGAUGUCGGUCGACCCAAUCACCAAAUAAUGGUAAUGUACAAUUAUACAUCAUAUAUGUAUGGACACAGCUUGUUACUCUUAGCUACUUUGAUCGACCUCUCUUUUCUUUUCCGAGCUUCCAUCAAGUAACUCCAACAGCCGCCAACAAUGGCUGACGCUUUCGUUUCCGUGCUACUGGAACAACUGGCUUCAAUAACCUAUCAACAAAUAGAGAAAGAGGUGAGACUGGUUGUGGGGGUCGAGAAAGAAGUUGCCAAGAUCACCAGCAAUCUGAAAGCUAUUCAGGCCGUGCUCGAGGAUGCAGAGAAGAGGCAAGUCAAGGAAGCCAUCGUCAGAGACUGGCUGGAGAAGCUCAAAGAUGUGUCCUACGAGAUGGACGACGUGCUUGAUGAGUGGACUACUGAGAUUCUCAUACAACAAGUUGAUCAUCACCAACAAGGUGGUGAAGGUAGUAGUACUAGUACUGCUGCUGCUGCUGUUACCAAGAAGAAGGUAUGUUUCUUCGUACCCUCCAACUGUUUUUGUUUUGGCCAAGUUAAUCGAGUGAUCCACCGCCGUGACAUUGCUCGUAGAAUACAAGAUCUGAGUGAUAGGUUGAAUGAGAUUGCUAGAGAAAGACUAAGCUAUAACUUUCUAAACACUGAAAGAGUCUUUGAACAACUUGAGAGGUUUGAGACUUCAUCUUUGAUCGAUCUCUCCAAGACAUUUGGGAGGGAAGAUGAAACUGAAGUAGUUGUGGGCAAGUUGGUCGGCGAGAGUAGUCAAGAAGAGAGGAACCCCUUAGUUAUCCCUAUAGUAGGGAUGGGGGGUAUGGGAAAAACUACUCUUGCCCAGAUAGUCUACAAUAAUGAAAAGGUGAAGUUAAAUUUCACAAAAAGGAUAUGGGUUUGUGUUUCAGACCCCUUUAGUGAGAUCAAAAUUGCCAAAGCUAUUAUUGAAGAUCUCAAUAAAGAUGAUGCUCCAAAUUCAAAUGAUUUGCAACCUUUAUUGAAAUGUAUACAAAGAAAUAUUGAAGGCCAAAAGUUUCUCCUUGUGCUAGAUGAUGUGUGGACUGAUGAUGACAGAAAGUGGGAACAAUUAAAGCUAUCUUUACAAAGUGGUCUUGUAGGUAGUAGAAUAUUGGUGACCACACGGAAAGAGGAAGUUGCUAUGAUGAUGGGAGUAACCUCUGCGAAUAUGAUCCAUUUGGAGAAGUUGAGUGAACAAUGUUGUUGGUCAAUAUUCUAUCACAUUGCUUUGGCCGAGAGGGAAAGAGAUGAGUCUAAAGUGUUAGAAUCUUUGGGUAAAGACAUUGUAAAACGGUGUAAAGGUUUGCCUCUUCUUGCAAAGGUUUUAGGGGGUCUAAUGCGCUCCAAGAAAACCAAUAAAGAAUGGCAAGAUGUUUUGAGUAGUAAGAUAUGGGGGUUAGACAUAGUGGAGAAACAAGUUUUCCAACCGCUAUUACUAAGUUAUUAUGAUUUAACUCCAAUGAUCAAGCGUUGUCUCUUAUAUUGUGUUACUUUCCCAAAGGAUCAUAUAAUUGACAAAAGAGUUUUGAUUGAGUUGUGGAUGUCACAAGGUUUUCUUGGUUCAGUUGGGAACAAAGAAAAGAUAAUGAUGGACAUUGGAGAAUCAUAUUUCGAUAACUUGGUAAUGCGAUCUUUCUUCCAAAAUUUCAAGGAAGAUGAAUUUGGAGAUAUUGAAGAGUGCCAAAUGCAUGAUAUUGUGCACGACUUUCUCCAAUAUUUAACCAAGAACGAAUGUUUAAUCGUUGAGUUCAAAGGUGGGGAGGAGAGAAUAGAAUUGCCCAAUAAGCUUGGUCAUUUGACCAUAAAAAUGUUUGCACCCGAAGGACCUUUUCCCCUUUCUUUUGACCAUUGUCAACGUCUGCGGACCAUUACAACAUUUAAUUGUGAAAUUACAAGUCUCAGCCGAGAGUUGAUUUUACAAUUAAAAUGCGUGAGGACGUUGAAUUUGAGUGACAACGAUAUCGAAGAAGUUCCGGACGAGGUUGGCGAGUUGGUGCACUUGAGGUAUUUGGAUUUAUCCGAAAAUCGGAGGCUGAAGAAAUUACCUGAUAGUUUGUGUAAUUUAGUCAAUUUGCAAACCUUGCGAGUUGAUCGGUGCGAUAGCCUUAAAAAGUUACCCGAGGCCAUGGGAAAGUUGACCAGCUUGCAGCAUCUUCAUGCUCAGGGUAUUCGGCUGAAGUUGCCCAAAUCAAUUGCGAGGUUGAAAAGUCUACGGACGCUAGAUCUGCCUGUGUUUAUUGGUAGUGGAGAUGAAGAAGCAUUGAGGUUAAGUGAUUUGAGAGACAUGGACGAGCUUCAGGGGACGCUUUGGAUCGUAUUGGUGGGCAAAUUGAAAGAUAGUGCUGCGAGUGAUGCGAAGAAAGCCAAAUUGGUGAACAAGAAACACCUUCUUCAUUUGAUACUAGCGUUCACCCAGGAGAGCGAGGUCAACCAGAGUACCAUCCAGGAAGCAGUAUUGAAUGCCUUACAGCCAAAUUCAAAUCUUGAAUCCUUACUGAUCCAUGGUUACGGUGGCAGCACCCUGUACUACCCCAAUUGGACCUCCUCUUUAAUUAACUUGAAAAGCCUGACCUUCUCUCAGAACUUGUUUUGUAAGUAUGUGCCUCUUUCGGUUUUGGGCUACUUGGGGUCCCUUGAGACACUCAGAUUUCAAGGAAUGGAAAAAGUGAAAAAGGUUGGAUUUGAGUACUCACCUGAUCAUCAAGUUAUAUUGUUCCCCAAUCUGAAACAACUCGAGUUCUCUAGAAUGCGGGAGUGGGAAGAAUGGGAUCAUCAUGAUGAGAAUGAUGCUACUUCAUCGUCACCAACUUGUUUCAUGCCACGCCUUUCUACUUUAUCCAUCGAGGACUGCCAUAAGCUGAAGACACUGCCAGACUUCCUUCGGAGGAGGAAGACGCCGCUGCUUCAGAAUUUGAUCAUCUACCGUUGUCCCAUUCUCUCCCAAAGUUGCAAAGACAGGCAAUGCCCGGAGUGGUCCAAGAUUUCUCACAUCCCAAACAUCAGAAUUGAUCGCAAAACUGUACAAAAAGAUGGAGUUUGGAUCGAACAAGAGGAUUGAUCAACAACGUCAUCCAUCCAAUUCCUUGAUGAAGUUUACAACUCAAUAUGUGGAUCUGAAGACGCUUACUGACUCGUCUGACAUGUCUCAUCUUUACUCGUAGUCUCUGCCUCUCUAGCUACUUUCAAAUUAAUGCAACAGCUGAAGAUUUUCGCUGCAUUGAAACAGUGGAACAGCAGAAAUGAUCCAAAAGUCUCAUUUGAUUUCAUGUUCAAGAUUUUCAUGUCAUGCUCACCUCUGCACAUUGAAGACUCUGUUUAAUGUCUGGGGGAAUUUCAUUUUAUCACCCCCCAGGAUAUCAUCAUUCCUCUUCUUUCUUAAGCCCCAGCUCCUGAAAAGCAGCUCAAGAUCUCCAUGGAAUAUUGGAAAGGUGGAAGCCUGGAAUCUCAUCAGAUGUGACCUCUUUGCAGUAGGCCAAAUUGAAGUCUCUUUCUUGUUACUGAGUUCAUAAUGUUGUGGGUGUGAGGAUUUGACAUAACUUCGACUCAUUUCAUUGAUCACUUCUAUUGUUCAUAAUACUCCAGCUUUUGAAGAGAGACGACUCAGAAGACGAGAUGAUCCUCAAAGAAAUACUGAAUGCCUACUAUCAUAUCCAAAUCUGGAAAAUAUUGGAAACUACAAUGCCACCAAAUUGAUGCCCCAUUGUCUCUGAAUAAUUUGAAAAGGCUUGAGUUCUCACGUUGGGGUAUAUAUGAAGUCAUGCCUCUUUUGGCUUUGGGGAACAUGGCGGUGUCCUUUGACUCUGAUGCAAUAUUUGAAGAUGUCUGUUGUGAAACAGGAGUGGGAAGGAAUUGCAGCUGGUCCUGGUGGAGUGGAGAGGUUGAUUUUCAUAUUAAAACACCUCUGCAAAUUUGAGGAUUAUAGCUUGCCUAAUUCUUAGGCAAAGUUGCCGAAAAAGAGGAAACGAGGAGUGGCUCAACAUUUCUCACUUGAUCAUCAAGUUAUAUUGUUCCCCAAUCUGAAACAACUCCAGUUCGGGGAUUUGCCGGAGUGGGAAGAAUGGGAUCAUGAUGAGAAUAAUGCUACUUCAUCGUCACCAACUUGUUUCAUGCCACGCCUUUCUACUUUAUCCAUCAACUGGUGCCCUAACCUGAAGACACUGCCAGACUUCCUUCGGAGGAAGACGCCGUUGCUUCAGAAUUUGAUCAUCGGCUGGUGUGUCAUUCUCUCCCAAAGUUGCAAAGACAGGCAAGGCCCGGAGUGGUCCAAGAUUUCUCACAUCCCAAACAUCGAAAUUGAUGAAGAAACUGUACAAAAAGAUGGAGUUUGGAUCGAACAAGAGGAAGAGGAAGAAAGUGAUGAAGAAAUUGAUCCAAAUUGAUCGAACAAGAUGUAUCACAUCCCAAACAUCACAAUUGAUCGAAAUUGAUCGACAACGUCAUCCAUCCAAUUCCUUGCUGAAGAUUUUCGCUGCAUUGAAACAGUGGAACGACAUAAAUAACCCGAAAGUCUCAUUUGAUUUCAUGUUCAAGAUUUUUAAUGUCAUGCUGAUCUCUGCACAUUGAAGAAUUUGUGUAACUCCUGAAGAGUUCUUAUGGAAGACACUGGUGAAGAGUUUGUUCAUCUUGGGAGGAACAUACCUUCAGUUUGAUGUUGCAAGAACAGAGGCAUGGAAUCACGGAAUGGCCUCUCACAUUUUAAACAUACAGUGUUCUCUAACUAGCUGAACAGGAAUGUUGAAAAUGGUUGACAAAUUACCAAGACCAUGGGGAAGCUAUUUAACUUAAAAGUAUCAUAAAUAAUUAUAAGCUGGAAGACUUCGAGCAAGCAAGAUUGGUAAAUGAGAAGAAACUUGAUUUGGGACCAAGUUUGUGGUACUCAACAAGAGAAGAUCAACAAAUACUGAACCCCUUGCACUCAAAUCCAAACGUCAGUAACUACAGUUGCAGCGUGCACACUGUGCAAUAGACGACAGAUAUCUUCAAAUAAUUUCAGAAGGCUGAGGGAUGACGAGUGCAGUUUAUGUGAAUUUGUGCCUCUUUUGGGGAACUUGGUGUCCGUUGAAUCACUGCAGUUAUGUUUUGAUAUGAAAACCAAAGAGUACUCCAGAAGGAUUAAUGAUAAAUUUUGAAGAGCAAGUAAGGUUUCUCAAGGGGUGUGCACUAAGAGAUGUGCGUAGACAGACCUGAAUCAUCAUCUAUUAGCUGCCAAGCUUGUCGAAGAGGAAGGUUGGGGAGCCCAAUAAGGAGGAAAAUGCAACUCUUGGACCUGCGGUGGAGAGAACCUUUUUGGCGUUGAUGCUCAUAUUUAUGCAUUCACUCUUUGAGUGAUCCCUUCGUUUAUGUAAUAGACUUGCAAAUGCUGCCAGGCAUGCUUGCAGCACAGUAUGUAUCUACAUGGUGUAAGAUGCUUGCAUAUAGAGCUCAGGGCUGCUAGUCCAGGUGCUGAAUCAGCAAUGCGAGCACUUGAUCUUGCUGACAUGCCCAAUUUCCACCAACUGUAGCCACUGAAAACUUGGCGGGCACUCUGGGACAUAUAUAGAAGGUUGACAUUUCUCAAAUGUGAGGUUUCAGAUGUUGCUCUCAUUUCUCGUACAUUUGGCUUUGGUUGGAGGUGAAACCAAUUCUGUCUCAAAGUUGCAAAGACAGGCAAGGCCCGGACUGGUCCAAGGUUUCUCACAUCCCAAACAUCAAAAUUGAUCGCAAAAUUGUACAAAAAGAUGGAGUUUGGAUUUGAUCGCCCAUCUGAUUUCUUGGUAUGGCAGAUUGAAGACUUUGUGCAACUCUGUUUAAUGUGUUUGGGAAUUUCAUAUUCUCACCCAGCCAUAUCACCCUCCAGGAUAUCAGUACUCUUCUUUUUUAUACCGCAGCUCCUUAAAAGGAUAUCAGUACUCCUCUUCUUUUUUAUACCGCAGCUCCUUAAAAGCGGCUCCAGAUUUGCAUGGAAUAUUGGAAAGGUGGAAGCCUGGAAUCUCAUUGGAUGUUUUGCUGUAGGCCAAAUUGAGGUCUCUUUCUUGUCACUCAGUUCAUUAUGUUUAGGAUUUGACAUCCUUAAUUAAGAAACUUCGACUCAAUUCAUCAAUCACUUCUAUUGUUCGUAAUACUCCAGAUUCUCAAGAGUAGAGAAGACUCAGAAGAGCAGAUGAUCCUCAAAGAUAUACUCAAUAAACUCUAUAUCACGGCGAGGAAAAAACUUUAUAGCUAACAGCUGAAGGUUUUCACCGACUUGAAAUAGUGGAACAGCAGAAAUGAUCCAACAGUCUCAUUUGAUUUCACGUUCAAGAUUUUUGUGUCAUGCUUACCUCUGUAUAGUACGGCAUAUUGAAGACGUGUGCAACUCUGUUUAAUGUAGUGGGGAUAUUCAUAUUAUCAUCCAGUCAUAGCAUUCUCCAUGAUAUCAUCAGUCCUCUUCUUCAUCGAUCACUUCUAUUUUUCAUAAUAAUGCUCCAACUCCUGAAGAGGACAACUCAGAAGAGGAGAGAUUAAGGACAACUCAGAAGAGGAGAGAUGAUCCUCGAAGAAAUACUGAAUGCCUACUACCAUAUCCAAACCUCGAAUUCGAAAAUACAAUGCCACCAAAUUGAUGCCCCAUUAUCUCUGAAUAAUUCGAAAAGGCUUGAGUUCUCAUGUUGGGGGUAUAUGUAUAGUCUUGCCUCUUUUGGUUUUGGGGAACAUAGCAUUGUCCUUUGACUCGGUGAAAUAUCUGAAGAUGUCUGUUGUGAAACAGGAGUGGGAAGAGUGGGAAGGAAUGGCAGCUCGGUCUGGGUGGAGCGGAGAGGUUGAUUCUCAAAUUAAAGACACCUCUGCGAAAUUUGAGGAUUAUAUGUUGCCCAAUUCUUAGGCAAAGUUGCUGAAAAAGAGGAAACAAGGAGUGGCUCAACAUUUCUCACAUCCCAAACAUCUAAAUUGAUAAUGAGUUUGUACAAAGAGAUGGAGUUUGAAUCCUACAAGAAGCUGGUGAAACUGCCCUUAAGUACUACAUCAUCAACUCAUACAUCUUGAUCUUCUUUCUGGUUUCUUUAUGUCCAAAAUAUUGUGGAAGAGAUGGACAGUGGUCAUUUCUGACUAGUUUUGGAAGUGCUACAGUUCUUAUGGAAGACACUGGUGAAGAAUUUGUUCAUCUUGGGGGGAACAGAUCUCCAGUGAAGUUGCAAGAACAGAGGCAUGGAAUCACAGAAUGGCCCCAGAUUUCUCACAUUCUGAACAUAGUGUUCUCUAACUAGCUGAACAGUACUCCAGAAGGAUUAAUGAUUAAUGGUGAAGAGUAAGCAAGGUUUAUCUAGGGGUGUGCAUUCAGAUAUGUGAAUAGACAGACCCAAAGCAUUAGCUAUUAGCCGCCUUGUCGAAAGGAAGGUCAGGGUGCCCAACAAGGAGGAAAAUGAUACUCUUGGACCUCCUGUAAGAGAUGGAGUGAACUUUUCAUGCUCAUAGUUAUGCCACGCCAUGCAUGCUUGCAGCACAAGAUGUAUCUACGGGGUGCUAGGUGCUUGGAAUGAGUCCUUUGCAUAUAAAGCUCAAGGCUGCUGGUCCAUGUGCAGAGUCAGCAAUGCGAGCACUUGCUUGUGCUGACAUGACCAAUUUCCACCAACAGUACCCACAGAAAGCUUGUCUGGCAGAAGAGGACAAAUAUAGAAGUUUGAGAUUUCUCAAAUGUGAGGUGGAGAUCUUGCUGUCAUUGCUCAUACAUUUGGGCUUAUCAUCAACUUAUCAUCAGUAUCUCAAGUAAUGAUCCUAUGUAAUUCUAGUUUAAGGGCUUGAAAUGCAGUUUCUGAUUGUCAAAUCCAAAUGUGACUGAUGGACUUCGAUCAAUAAGACUUUUGAGACACAAAAUGAAUUCUUGCAGUAGUGCGAAAAUGGUUUCUUAGUCAGAGGAAGUUCUGCCUGUCUGAUUUGAUGUA